UUGGCUUAUACAAUGUUGAAUAAUCAUCUAUGAACUAAUUGGAUGAGUAUUAAGAUUUCCGUCGUGCUCUUAGUUAUAAGACUACAUCUGGAGCGUAUUGGGCUCUUUUCGGGAGAAGUCUCGACAUUCACCAAAACAAUCUUCAAAUCUUCAACGCGUUCUAUAAACAGCCAGCCCUCUUGUAUACCUACUCUCUCGUUUGUCUUGAGAUUACAACUUAAAUCCAUCAGAAGGACCAUCCCGCCUCAAUAAAAUCAUUGAACAUGGGCUCUCAAUCAAAUGACGACGCUCUCGGUCAGGACUUCACCAACCAUGUUAUCCAAGCCAUGGGCCCAGACACCACACCCAGAAUGCGGACAGUUAUGACUGCUCUUAUUCAACACGUUCACGACUUUGCACGAGAGGUCAACUUGACGACAGAUGAAUGGUUAGCAGGCGUGUCCAUGCUCAACUGGGCAGGACAGAUGAGCAACAACAAGCGCAAUGAGGGGCAGCUACUAUGCGACGUUAUCGGUCUAGAAUCACUCGUGGAUGAUAUCACAUACAGAGAAGCCAGCAAGGCAGAUAAACCUCCUACAUCAUCCGCCAUUCUUGGACCGUUUUGGCGAGCUGAUGCACCAAUUCGAGAGAAUGGCACUACCAUCUCAUUCAACACCCCAAAAAAUGCAGUAAUAGCUUAUAUGCACGGCCAAGUUACAUGCGCCGAGACAGGCAAGCCUCUUGCAAAUGCUACAGUAGACGUCUGGCAAGCCUCUACAAACGGCUUGUAUGAGCAGCAGGACUCGGAUCAAAUUGACUGCAAUCUACGUGGAAAAUUCGUCACCGACGCGGAGGGUCGGUAUUCAUUCUACUGUCUCCGCCCAACUCCAUAUCCUAUUCCAUUUGAUGGUCCUGCAGGGAAGCUACUGAAGCUUAUGGAUCGCCACCAGUACCGACCCGCACAUAUUCAUCUCAUUGUCGAAGCAGAGGGGUACAGUUCUUUGACUACACAAAUUUUCGACAAAGACUCAAAAUACCUUGAAGACGAUAGUGUGUUUGCGGUAAAAGAUGGGUUGACUGUUGAGUUUAAGCCUCGCAAUGGGGACUCGCAAGCGGAAUGGGAUUUGGAGUACGAUGUGAAGCUGGGAAAGAAGCAGUAAUGAAGAUAUUGAUGUGAAACAUCUUGAAAAUGAUAAUUUUUUUGGCUCUCAUCUCAUGGUGGUUUUUGUAAUUAUAAAAUAACUGUUAUAAACGAAUCAAACGCGCAUGUCCAUCUGGU